AUGGUGGCACACAACAACGUAUUGCCAAAUGUUCACCUUCACAAAUGGUGGCAAAGAUAUGUAAGGGUAAAUUUCAACAAGAAUAUAAAAAAAAAAAAAAGAAGAUUGUUAAGGGAAAAGAAAAGAAAAGCAAAUGGAGGCACACCCAUUGAAAAAUUACAUCCCAUGGUUCAAUGCCCAACCCAAAGAUACAAUUACAGAUCUAGAUUAGGAAGGGGUUUUACACUUGAGGAAUUGAAAGGGGCCAAACUAACCCCUAAAUCUGCCCAAAGCAUCGGAAUAUGUGUUGACAAAAGGAGAAAAAAUAGAUGUGAAGAAACGCUAAAAAGAAAUAUUGAAAGAUUGGAAAAAUACAAAAAAUGCCUAGUAAUGAUUCCAUUGAAAAAGAAUAAAGUUAAAAAGGGUAUUGCUGGUAUACCAGCUGAUGCAAACAAAGAACUGAUUAAAGAAUUAAGAAAGAAGAAACAGUUACGUAGUAUAUUCAAGAAGGAAAGAAAUACGAAGCCAUUCUAUGAAUCGAUUGAGGUAUCUAAGAUAGACAAGUCCUACUUAGCCUAUAAAACAUUACGUAAGGCUAAAUUAGCUGAAAGAAGAAAGAACAGACAACAACAAAGAAAGGAUCUAAAAAGAAAAUCGAAGGAUAAUAAUUAA